UGUAGAUUAAACUUUUUCAGCUCUUAUUUAGAGAUGUGUUUUUCUGCUGUUUUUGUGAUUUUGGGGAUUCUUUUCUGUGCUCUGUGCCGCUGCUUGGAGUGUCCUUUUGGCUGUGAGUGUUUCGCUGUGAUCCGCACGGUAAAAUGUGUUUCUAAAGAUCUGCUCACAGCACCAGAAAAUAUUCCAGGAUAUGCCAGGACCGUCAUUAUCACAGGGAAUAAUAUACACCAAAUUGGACCCAGUUCGUUUACGGAGCCGGAGAAUAUCACUAACAUCAUUUUAAGCAAUAACAGGUUAACAGAGAUGGCGUCCCACACCUUCUCCUCCCUGGUCAACCUGCGCUUCCUGGACCUCAGUGGAAACCAGCUGGCACUCAUCCAUCCAGAGGCUCUCAGCAUACCUGGUAGUCCCCUUCAGGAGCUCAACCUGAGCCAGUCACUCUACAACUUUACUGCCCUUACAGACCUGACCACAGCUCUGCGCUGGGGGGGCCUUGCGGGGCUCCUCCGCCUCGACCUCUCGGGGAACAAGCUUGCGCUGCUUCCCCCGGGCAUGUUCUCUCACCUUCCCAAUCUGCAGCAGCUUUUCCUCACCAACAACUCUUUGGUGGCAGUCUACAGUGGGACCUUCUCUGGCAUGAAUCACCUGGAGGUGCUUGACCUGACACACAACACCUUCAGCACAUUCAGAACCGAUGCUCUGCUGGAGUUGGACAAGCUCGGGGACAUCAGAAUCCUGCUCGGUAACAACCCCUACACCUGCUCUUGUGAGAUCAAUGAGUUUGUUGCGUGGCUGAAUAAAUCGAGAGCUAAGGUCGAUGUGGAUGCUGUGAGAUGUGCCUCACCUGGCGCGUUAACCGACGCCCGCCUGCGAGGGCUCAGCAUCCAGGAUAUCGGGUGUGUUGUUCCAGUCCUGGCAGAGGUUGCUGAUCUCACCCUGCAGACCUCUUAUGUCUUCCUGGGGCUGGUUCUGGGGCUUGUUGGCAUGGUUUUUCUCUUUGUGCUCUACCUGAAUCGCAAAGGUAUGAAGAAAUGGAUCAAUGAAAUGAGAGACGCUUGUCGGGAUGUCCUGGAGGGCUAUCACUACCGGUACGAGAUUGACUCGGACCCUCGGCUGGGGCACAUUUCUGCAGACAGCAGAAGGGCACAAAGGCAGUCAGGAAUAUCUCUGUCCCAGCAGCUGCCCAGUGACACCUCUGUUGCCCCCACAAAAACACAAGUCAGACAGCUGACAAUCUCCCCACCUGUAAACUUAUGAUAAACUAACUGAUGAUUUGACAUAUUAUGGUGUAGCUGUAAAUAGUUUUAGGAGGAAAUUUACAAUUUUUGUCUCGAGCAUUCUGUACAUAUUGCAGUUAUAACCUAGAAACCUAAAAAAAAGUGCCUUUGUGUUGUAGAUGCACUAGAUCCUUGCAUUUGUAAGUUAGUAAGUUGUGUGUUUUUCUUCUAGAUUUUUAUAAGGACCUUACACAUACACUACUUUGGAAAUGGAUGUCAGCUUUUUCAGUGUGCUUUGUUUACUUUUAUAUUAGCUUAAAUAUCUUUCCAGUAAGCAGAAGAUAAAGAAAAACAUAAAUAACAUAAAUUAUAGAUGACCAGUGAAUGGUAGGGUAGGUCUAUUCUACUGUGUUCUUCAAUAAAAAAAGCAAAACCCUUAAAUUUACUCAGCCCUAUAUCUUUAUAGGAGUGGUAAUAAUGCGAUUUGUAUUAUUCGAAUGAAUAUGUCUUGGUAUGAUAUAAAAACCUGUGUUUACCUUAAUUAGAAA